AGGUCCAUAAACCUGUGAAAGGUGUUUUAAGACUGGAAAUUGAGAAGCACCAGACAUCUAAUGCAGAGCUGGAAAAUAUUUCAGAAAGUGCCAGCAUGACCAAUGAAUCUAUGUACCUAGGGGAUCAAGUUACUGAUGCAAUGUUCAUUAAGAGCCCCAACAAUGGUUCUGAUGGGCCUCAGAAUAGCAAUUCCAAGUGGAUUCCUAGUGAUGAGAAAAAUGCAACUGGAAAUGGAAACACUCAUGGAAAUCCGGAUCUCAAUGUUGGUGAUGUAAGCAGAAUGCCUUUCUUGCGUUUGUAUUUUCUUUUUAUAUUUUUGUUGCAUUUCAGUUGCUUAUUUGCAUGGCUGAUAGGAACAACCAGGGAAUUUUUCUUGUGUUCUGUAAAUAUGUUCCAGGCAUUUGACUUUCGGACAACUUUGAGAAACAAACCAUUCUUGCAGCUUUUCCAUUCUCUAUAUGUAUAUCCUUUAACUGUGAGCUUGAGUCGGAAAAGGAAUCUAUUCGUAAGAGUUGAGCUAAGAAAGGAUGAUGCAGAUGUUCAUAGACAACCUUUAGAGGCAAUGUAUCCAAGGGAACCUGGUUUAUCACUUCAGAAGUGGGCUCACACACAAGUUGCUGUUGGUGCUUGGGUGGCCUGCUACCAUGAUGAAAUUAAAGUUUCUCUCCCGGCUGUUUGGACACCAUUGCAUCACCUUCUAUUCACUUUCUUCCAUGUUGAUCUUCAAAUGAAACUAGAAGCUCCAAAACCAGUAGUAAUAGGUUAUGCAGCACUUCCAUUAUCCACCCAUGCACGUAAACAGGUUGCGAUCAGAAACUUCUCUACCGAUUAUGAGAGAACUGGUUCCACAGUAUCUUCAAGAAAAUGGAAAGGAGAGGCUGGAUCAUUUGGAAGAUGGAAAAACUAUUUUUAAAUUGCGAUUAAGGCUUUGCUCAUCUUUUUACCCAAUUAACGAGCACAUACGGGCUUUUUUUCUUGAAUAUGAUGGACACACUCUGCGAACAAGCCCUCCCUGGGGUUCUGAACUUUUGGAGGGUGCAGCAGGAGUCAGUUGAUGAUGCUGAACGUAAUCGCUUUCUUGUUAACUAAGUACAUUAUGCUUUUGAUGACUUUGGGGCUUGUCAACCAUCUGUUUAUCCUGGGUUGUCUACUGUGUGGAGUAGCUUGGCCCGUAGUAAGGCAUGGUUCUUUUUUUCUUUUUCUUUUUUUUUUUGUUUCAUGACAUUUAUAAAUGUUUUGAUCAAUGCAAACCCUUCGAACAUAUUUCAUUAGGUGAGAUGAGCUACACUACAGCACCAGAAAUAGGUGGCAUAAAACAUUAAGAUAACAAUCCUCUUCUGGUGUGAGUUCAUUCCACAUUAGUGAAGGUCAUUGGAAUUAUAUUAUUAACUGAAUCAAAUUAAUGUCUGCCACCUAUUAUUCAUUGAUAUGUAACAUAUAGAUUCAGAGUAUAUUAUGCAUAUAAACAAAGGAAAGAGUC